GAUGGAAUUAGAUAAAACAAAAAAAAUCUAGUAAAAUUUUUAAGUAGUGAAUUUAGUUUACAUAUUUUAAUGAUAUUAAUUUUAUAUUUAAUCGUUUAUGCAAAGAAAUCGUUCAGUGAUGGAAGUUCAUAACUCUACAAUUAAUGAUUCUGAUUUAGAAAAUCAGUCCAAAGAAGAUAUUUUAAACAGAUAUCGAAAUGAAAUUUUUUCACUUAAGAAAGAGAAUGAUGAAUUACAUAAUCAAGAAAAAAUAUGGGAACAAAAAUUUCAUGAUCAACAACAUAUUUUUGAACAAUCAGAAAGACAAGAAAUUCUUGAAAAAAAUAAACUUCUAUGUGAAGCUGAUUUAUUAAUAAAUGAACAACAAAAAAUUAUUAAAAAAUUAAAUAAUCAACAUAUUGUUGAAAAAUCUGAUGAAGUAGAUGCUCUGAAAAAAAAACUCCAUAGUUAUAAAACAGCAUUAGAAGCAAUGAAAAAAAACUUAGACAAUGAAAAAGCUUUUAAAAUUUGUGCUGAAGAAAAAAUAAAACAACUUGAAGAACAAAUAAAUUCUAAAGCAGAAAAAGAAAUUUCAUUAGAAAAUAGAAAUUCUAAACUAGCUAAAGAAAAUGAAUAUCUAGAAGUAACUUUAAAAAAGCUCAGACAUCAAUGUAAUGAAUUGUUAGAGAAAAAUAUAAUGCUUGAAAAUCAUUGUGAAAAAAAAGAAAAAGCAUUCGAUAAACAAACUAAAUAUGUUGAUGAAUUAAAAGAAAAAGUUGCUGAAAUUGAAUAUAACAAAAGUGAAACAGAAUUAUUAAAACUAGAAAAUGAAAAAAUUUCAAUGGAGUUACUGUCUGUAACUAGACAAUUAGAAUCUUAUGAAAAUAAAUGUACUAUGUAUGUACAAAGUUUACAAAAAACUCAAUGUAGUGAAAAUGAGCUUAAAUCUACUGUUAAUAAAUUACAACAAGAAAAUUCUAUAAACUAUGAUAGAAUCAUAAAAAUAAGCAAUGAUUAUUCUGAAUUGAGUACAAUGAACUCAAACUUAACAACUCAAAUAAAUAGUUUACUUACCAAUUUUUCUAGUUGCCUAAAAUUUUUAGAUGAAAUUUUUGAAAGAUAUGUUAUAAAAGACAAGGAUGAUAAUAAAUUAGCCUCUGUUAUUGGUCCGCUUAUAAAUGAAAUUUUUGAUAUUUUAAAUGAAUCAUUAUUAGAGCUUAAAUCUUGUAAACAGUCUCAUUUAGAAACAAUUAAUACAUACAAAAAUGUAAUUAUGUCAAAAGAAAAACAAAUUUCAUUGUUAAUUAAAGAAAUUGAUACAUUAUUAAAACAAGGUUCAUUGAUUAAUUGUAAUAUUAUUGAUCAAGCUAAUAAAUGUAGUAUAUUAAAACAAUCAGAAUUUAAAAAUAUUAAGUAUUUGAAGAAUGCAUUUAAUGAUCUAGAAAAAAAUUUUGGGUAUAUUAAAGAAAUCAAGACUGAGUUAUUGCCCAGACAAAAGCAACUUAUAUGUGAAUGUGAAAUUUUUUUGAUGGAAAAUGUUAAGAAUAUAGAAGAUUUAUAUAUUAAAAAAAAUAUAUACAUUGAAAAUUUAGAUAAGUUAAACAAAAAACUUAAAAUUGAAAUUGUGGAAAAAAAUAAUAUCAUAGUUAAUUUAAAUGAAGAAUUAAAAAAAUUAAAAGAAAGGUUGAAUGAAAAAAGUUUAGUUUUUGAUGAAAAUGAGAUAGAGUUGAAAAUUUACAGAGAAAAUUUGUAUGAAUCAAGUACAAUUUCUAUAUCUAGAGCUGAUGAAGUACAAAUAUUAGAAGAAAUUGAUAAUAGCAAAGAUGAACGACUACAAAAAUUAAAAGCAGUUGUGAUUAAACAAAAAAAAAUAAUAUUUGAUCUUAAACAAUCAUUGGAUAGUAAAGUCAAAAAGCAUAACAAUGAAAAAUCUGAACUUGUAGCAAAAAUCACAUCUUUAGCUGAACAAGGAAAAAUAGCUCGAUGUUUACAACAACAAUAUGAUAUUAAAUGUGAUGAGUAUGAUGAAAAAUGUAAAGAAACUAAAAAUUUAGUAAAACAAUUAAAUCAAGAAAAAAAAUUACUUUUGGACCAAACAAAAUUAUGUUCAAGCUUGAAUAUUGAAAUUGAAAAGUUAAAAAAUGAUUUAGUUAUUACAAAUAAAUCAUUAAAAAAUUUAAAAGAAAAUGACAAAUUACUUGUAUCUAAACUUGAAAAAUUAAAACAAGAAAAAUCUGCUGGUGACAUAAUGAGAGUUGACAGAGAAACAUUUAUAAAAGAGCUAUCAAAAAAAUUGAAAGACUCUAAUGAUAAAAUAAAAUUAUUGGAGUCUGAAAUAACUUCCUUGAAAUCAGAAAAAAAAAAAAUUAAUAUUCGUGAUCUUGAGCUAAAUUCUUAUGAAAAGACAAUUGAUGAAUUGUCUGAAAAAAUCAAAGAAGAAAAUCUUCAUAACCAAAAUCUUGAGCAAGAGAUCAGUAACUCUAAUAAUGUUAUUGAUUCACUACAUGAGCAAAUAAAACAUUUAGAACAUACUAUUUCAACUGAACAAGAAAGAAACCAAAAAAUUGCUCAACAAAUGGAAUUAUGUAGAAAAGGCCUGAACAAUGCAGAAUCAUUGUUGAAUGAAAAAGAAAAUUUUUUAAUAGAAAUUCAAUCAAACUUAGACCAAGAAAGAAUUCUUAAUAAUAUUAUUGAAGAAAAAUAUAACAAAUUAAAAUUGGAGUACGAUACUGAAAAAGAAAAUUAUCAAUCUCAACAAAUAUUUCUCAAUGACAAGAUUCGAAGACUUCAAACUGAAUUGAAUGCAGCAAAAGUUUCUAUAACUAAGUACACAAAAGAAAACCAAGGUUUAAUAGAUGAGUUUGAAGCAUAUAAAGUUAGAGCUCACAGUGUGUUUCAAAAACAUAAACAAGAUACCGUUUAUAAUGUUAAAAUUGAUGAACUUACCACUCAACUUCAAGAAGUUACUAAAGUUUUGCAGCAGUAUAAAAUUAAUUUACAAAUUGUUACGACAGAAUUAAACACUAAGAAUGUUGAAGUUGUCACAAUGAAAAAUGAAGUUGAAAAAUAUGAAAAACGACUAAAUAGUGUAACAAAAAUACUGGGCAAAAAAGACAAAGCAUUAUACCAUUUAAAUAUAGAAACUGAAAAUAUUAAAUCUAAAUUAGAAAAUGAAAUUAAAAUAUUAAAUGAUAAAAUUGUGAAUGAUAAAAUAAAGUUUGAAAAUGAUGUUGAAAUACUACAGCAAGAAAUUAUGAGAGUCAAGGAAACAAAAAAUAUUAACUCCAAACCUGAUAUUGAAUUUUCUGAGCCUUGUGAUACAAAACUAAAAAAAACAAAUUCUCUAGUUCAUAUUCAAGAUGAUGAAGUUUGUUCUCAGUUUGAAAGUUCAAAUGAAUCAUUAAAAAAAUUAAAUAAAAGUGGACUGAUGCCUUUAGAAGAUUUAUUAAUAUUUGAUAAUAAUAGUGUUGGGGAUGCUUUAAGUGAAUUAAAUAACACUCAAAAACAACUUAAACAGCUAACAAUAAUGUUAAAUGAUGCUGAAAAAAAUUGUUCUCGUUAUGAACAACAAAACAAGUUCUUAAAAGAAGAUAUUAGAAGAUUACAGCGAAGUGUGGAUAGACAUGAUGAAAUAAAAAAUAUGGAAUAUUUAAAAAAUAUAAUCUUUAAAUUCAUAACAUCAAAUGGUGUUGAAAAAUGUCAUCUAGUUCCAGUUAUUAACAAAUUACUUAAACUGAGCCCUGAUGAACAAAAACAGAUUGAAACUAUUGCUAAAGGAGCUAUGGUUGAUCAGGGUUCAAGUUGGUCAAAUUUAUUCACAUGGACACAAGGGACAUCAAAUUAAUUGAUAUAUCUUAUAAAUGCAUAGUAAUGAAUAGUGAUACAUUAUUAAUUAAAGUAUUGUUUUAUGUACAUUUUUUGCAAAACAUAGUAAUCAUUAUAGACCUGUUAAACAUAUUAUGAUUAUUUCAUGUGUUUUAUAUAAUUUUCAUUCUCGAUAUUGAGGUAUUGAAAUUUGUUAUGUGAUUUGAGUUUUUACUUUAUACCAUUAAGUAUUAUCUACUUUGUAGAUUCUCAAUUGUAUUAUAUGAGUUAUUUUAUUCUAUAUUUUAUUACAUUAUAAUAUUUUAUUUAAAUGUGUUCCAAAAAUGUGAUAUCCCUAAAUGCAUACUAUUGAUAUUUAAUAUUUUAGCAAUAAAUUUAUAUUUCAA